AUGAGAAAAGUACUGAUCAAGCCUUCAGUACUAGGGUUGAUAAUCAACGUUUUCGAGGACGUGGUGGCAGAAGAGGAAGAGGGAGAUCACGGGGUGGCAGGAGUAGAGGCAGAUUUGAAGAGUAUUCUGAACAGUCAGUGGAUGAAUCUGGUACUAGCCAAAAUGAUGGUACCAGAGGAGGAGGAAGACAUGGCAGAGGUAGAGGCAAGAAACCAUAUGAUAAAAGGAAGUUCAAGUAAGAAGAACAAGAAAGGUGAUGAAGCACAUCUUGCCCAAGACGAGAGUGAUAGUGAAUCUGAUCAUGUGUUGUUAAUGGUCACAACAAACAGUGAAGAAGACGAGUCUUGCUGGUAUUUGUACACGGGAUGUUCCAACCACAUGACAAGGAGGAGAGAGUGGCUGAUAGAUCUUGAUCCAAGCGUGAGAAGCAAUGUCAAAUUCACGGACAACAGCACAAUAACAGCAGAAGGAGUUCGCAAAGUUAUGAUCACUCGAAAAGAUGGUAAAACUGCUUACAUGAGUGAUGUGUUGUAUGUUCCCAACAUGAAAAAUAAUUUGUUAUGUUUGGGACAAUUACUGGAGAAGGGUUAUACUAUGUCAAUGCAGCAAAAUCACAUAGAGGUGUAUGAUGGACAAUAA